GACAAAAUACUAAACUUGCGUAAAUUUUAAAGGUAGCAUCUUCGACGGAAAAUUGAUCGUAGCUCAGGGCUCGAUGAUAUUAAAGUACGACCCUGAUUUCACGAAUCGUGAGUUGCUGGCUAGGUCACCCUUACCAAUCAGCCUAGACUACGACCUCAAUACCGAUGUCCUCUACUGGAGCGACCUGAACAACAGGCAGGUGAACACCAUUGCGCCCGAGGUCUUGCAGCCAAAGCUGAUUAUCGAUAAACAAGGUUCGUGGAUGCCCAACAGCAUUGCCCUCGAUCCCUUCGACCACAAGCUUUAUGUCCUCGACAGCUUCUCCGGCACAGUACAUCUCUGGGACAUUGUGCGAAACAAUCACGCCAUUGUCAUCGGAUUGAAUGUCGUCGAGAUCGUGAAAAUCGAUAUCGACGCAUAUGAGGGAUACUUAUUCCUGCUUGAUAAAUAUACGAUAUUCAGAACGGACUUGGACGGCGAAAACCGGCGUGACAUCUACAGAGAAUUGUCCAGCAAUUCCAACGACGACAUUCAACAAUCGUACGGCAUCCCUAUCAGUGUGACUGACUUCACUCUCGACGUUGAGGGUAAGCGGGUCUAUUGGGUGAGCUCGCAGACCCGGCGAAUCGAGAGUUUAGACUAUCAAGGCCAGAACAGGCAGAUUCAUUACCGCAGGGACUCGGAGCAAGUGGGCUUCCAGACUCAGGCUUCGCUCACUUUCCUCAAUAACAAGCUGUACUGGGCUGAUAACUUGAAUAAAAACACCAUUGUAAUAGAUCUAAAUCAAGAUACAAGUCAAGAAUUCCGUAAAAAUCUAAUGGCCAUCAAAGGAAUCAGCUGUAAGAAUAAAUUGCAACCGCGGAAAAGUCCGUGUGCACGAAAUAAUGGAGGAUGCGAGCAGGUGUGCAUUUCGUCCAAAAACAGCUACCAAUAUAGAUGCACUUGCAAUAUCGGUUACAAGAUCAGUGUAAACAACAAAUCUUGUGUUCCUGUGGAAGAUAUGCUUCUGUUUACAUUGUCAAGUUACUUACGAGGCGUGAUCAUGAAUGCCAAAGAGAAUACUUUCAUAGAUGCAAUCAAUCCCUCCAAUUUCCAAGUUGGAGCUGGAAGUACAUUAGAUUUAGAUGCCAAGAACAGAGAAAUAUACUACAGUAGUGUUUUUCCAAAAGAUCAGCUGCAUAAGAUCAAGUUAGACUCCAAGGAGGACAUAAUCAUGUUGCCCGAUCUACUUAGUAAAAACGUUGGCAAAUUCACUUACGACUGGAUAACUAAAAACCUUUACUAUUUUACUUACUAUUAUGCCGACAUGACGACUCUUAGUGUAUUGAAUACCGCAAGCUUUUCAUAUAGCAAGAUCCUCAUCGACAAUGUAACGGAUUUGGUUAGAGAUAUCGUGAUUCAUCCGAGUAAGGGUUACCUCUUUUUCUCCCAGACGACUGAUAAUGGCGAUAUCAUCAGUCGAAUGGCGCUAGACGGUUCAAGCCUCACCGUUAUCAUCACAUUACAAAUGUCAAAUUGCAUUGAUGGAUUGGCUAUUGACUAUUCCGAUGAUAGAGUAUAUUGGAUCGACAAUUGUGGAUCAAUGGAUCCAUUGGGAUAUGUUCAAAUUCGUCAUUCGAAUCUGUACGGUGAAGAUAUUCAGGAUAUAAUAGUGCCGAAACGCUUGGAACGCUUAACCGACUUAGUCGUUCACAACAAUAUGGUCUUCAUAACUACUGGCUCCAAUAUUGAUGUCAUACAUCUCAACAGGAACAGGCCCAUUCACAAGAUCGAUCGGUUAGAAAUUGGGCCAGUGGACAGCCUCAGCAGUAUUAAGAUCUUUGGACGCGAUUUCCAAAAGAUCGACAACAAUAAUCCUUGCGCAACUGGUCAUUCCUGUCAGAAAUUCUGUCUCACGUCGCCCAAUCACAAUAACACUUUGAGACUGCAUGGACGUUGUGCCUGUCCGUACGGCGAGAAGUUGGGCAAUGACCGGAAGUCUUGUAUCGAUAACCGGAUAGAGGAACCACCCUUCCUGCCUUGCAGCAGUGUCUCUUAUAAAUGCCAGAAAAAGACUAAAAAUCCACUUUGAUUCACAAUGCAGGCGUUAUGAAACGAAAUGCGCCUGACCAAAUUUUUGAGAGAUUCAUAAAUUUGUAAAUUCAAGUGCUUAUGUAUUGGGAAUUUACAGGAUAUUGAACAAAUGAUAACUGUUAGAUGAUAUACAUUUGAAUCAAUUAUUUUUUGUUUAUUGACUUCCUUAAUUCUUCUCAUUUUAAAUUCUGAUUAUAAAUGAAAUGGAAAUAUUAUAUUUGAAACAAAUAAGCGACUUGAAGAAUUCUAAAGUGUACGUAGUUAUAAAAUAUAUUAUUAUUAUUAUUUUUUUUUUUUCGAAGAUUAAAUUCAAUUUAAUAUGAGUUUUGCAAAAAUUUCAUUACAUUUGUAAUCAAAAAUAUUUUCAUAUAUCCGAGUCUAAUUACGGAUAGAAGAAUUUCUUUUUAAUAUAAUAUACGCAUAAAGAUUGAAAACUAUAAAAGGAAGCUAAUACCUUUUCAUUAACAUACUUUGAUAUUUAAAUAAUAAAUGUCCUCGCCAAAAA